GACGAGAGAAGCGCGAUGUAAGUGUCGAGAGCUUGAAGAUGCUGAAGAGCGACAUGUAUACAUAUGUUAGAUAAAUGGUGAGAGCCCAGCGCAAGUCAUGUACAAUCUAAACGUGAACGUGAAUCCCAGCCCAACCGGGGCCGCGGGUCUUCUCGGUGUCACGGCGGCGGCGGCCGAGGUCACGCCAAGGACACCGGAAAUCGUAAAUUCGCUGAUCGCCAUGACCAAUCCCUUCGAGGGCUACGGCAGCGGUAACGAAAAGGGCAUACGGGAUCGUACGGACUCAACCAGCAGUGGUGAACCGAGCCCGCCAAGCAUCCAGCACACCUGUAGUCAGCUUAUCAAGGAAGUGAGAACAAGGAAAGAGUACAUCACAGCGUCUAAUUACCAUCUAACUACUUUUCUGGGGCUGAAACUAACGCUACAGACGAAGAGGCGGGCGAACAGUAGUGGCGACGAUGGUAAGAAGAAAACAAGAAAGGAAGACAGCGGUGCCGACGACGAGGAAGAGGAUGAGGCGAGCAACAACAACAUUAAGAGUGGUCUGACGCCGGAGGACGAGGAACGACGCCGGCGACGACGCGAACGCAAUAAGAUCGCAGCAACCAAGUGCCGACUAAAGAAGCGCGAAAAAACGGUGAUCCUUGUGCAGGAAUCUGAAAUUCUCGAGACUCAAAACCUUGACCUGAAGUCACAGAUCCAAGAGUUGGAGACUCAGAGGCGCAGGCUGGUCGACAUGCUGAGUCUCCACAGUCCGACCUGUUUGAAGCAGGGCGUGGACGCAACGUCGUAUCAGCAGUUUGCCGAGCCCCUUCAUUUGCCUAGUUAUCAGGAAAAUUUUGUGCCACAGCAACCCCCGCCAGCCCUGAAUCAGCCACAGAACUGCAUCACCGAUUACCCGGUGAAAGUCGAGGAAUACGAGACCGAUUUCUACCGACAGGGUAGCCCGUUUGUGCCGACAACAUCGGACGCCGGUUGCACGGUUUAGCAAAACGGCGAAAAUCGUUUUCGCUGUCUCGAGGGAGGGAGGCUCGUCGAGAAGCUUGGAACGCGUGUAUAAUAUAAUUGAAGGUUCUCAGAGUGUUAGAGACGGUUUCACCAACGUUAAUUUGAUUUUGCCAAGAUACAGAACUUAAAAAAAGUAUCUAAAGAACGUACUUUUAUAAAAAUUGUUUUUUUGUU